AUUCUGCUUACAAACGCGAGCAGGACUGGAACACGGAGCUGAGCGAAGUGAAAAGUUGUGCAGGGACGCCUGGCAGAAAGAUUUUCUGAGUUAGUACUGCCAUGUUUGAGUUUGAAACUGGAGAUACUGAAGAGACUGUAACCUGUCUGCAAAUCACUGUUUAUCACCCAAGACAGGAAGAACAACCAGUUUUUCAUGCCUUAAAGUUCUCUCACCAACAACAACUGAGAGCAGAUGACAUAGUGAAAUUUGGACGAGAUUCGAACAUCUGUCAUUUUCAGUUUAUAGAUGCACGGGUCUCGCGUGUUCAGUUUGGCCUUCAGUUUUUCAAGCACUUCAACAGCUCAGCGUUUGGUUUUGAAAUUAAGAAUCUGAGCAAAAAGGGAAAGUUAAUUGUGGACAAUACUGAACUGGCCUAUCUUAAUAAAGUCAACCUACCAGAUAGAUGUAUGGUUUGCUUUGGAGAUUACCAGAUGUUACUGCAAAAACAAGAAGGACAAUCUAACGACUAUUUUAACAUCUGCUUUGAAUUGGCCAGAAUGUCACUGUUAAAAGAAAAUUACCUGUUUUUGAAAAAACCAGUCUGUGAAAGUAGCAAUUCAUAUACUCAAUUUCCAACAGAGAUGGAUGAGAAUGAAUAAAUUGGAAAAUUCCAUGAAAAACAAUUUCAAACAA